AUGACAAGCUUAUCGACCAAGCUCGCCGAGCGCGAAGCAGCCGGCAGACCAAUCCAAGUCGGCCUCAUAGGUGCUGGCAAGUUCGGAUCAAUGUUCAUAUCACAAUGUCAUCGGACUCCUGGUAUGCGACUAGCUGGUAUUGCAGACCUCUCAGCCGAUCGAGCAAAAGCUGCUCUCAAACGAACUGGGUUUCCAAAAGACGCCUACGACACGACUGGAUCGAUGAGUGUCGAAGAAGGCAUCAGGGCAGGCAAGACGGCGAUCACGACCGACUCUGCUGCGCUUAUAGCUACGCCUGGUAUUGAUGUCAUACUUGAGGUCACUGGGAGCCCUGCUGCUGGUAUACGCCAUACAUUGCUAUGCUGUGAACACAAGAAACAUAUUGUUAUGAUCAACGUAGAAGCAGACGUCUUGGCUGGACCACUACUAGCACGCAAGGCGCGCGAAGCAGAUAUUAUAUACUCCAUGGCGUACGGCGACCAACCAGCUUUGAUUGCCGAGCUUGUGGACUGGGCACGAACAGCAGGCUUUGAUGUUGUCUGUGCUGGAAAAGGCACCAAGCAUCUGCCUGCGUACCAUGCAUCGACUCCUGAUACUGUGUGGGACUACUAUGGCUUCACGAAGGAGCAACUGGCAAGUGGCGACUUCAAUCCGCAGAUGUUCAACUCUUUCUUGGAUGGCACAAAAUCUGCUCUAGAGAUGGCCGCAGUGGCGAAUGCUUGUGAUUUGACGCCACCCGACGACGGACUACUGUUCCCUCCUUGUGGCCGCCACGAUCUGCCAGGAACGCUUCGACCCAAAGCAGAUGGCGGUCUGCUAGACAAGAAAGGCACGGUCGAGGUCGUCUCUUGCCUUGAAGUUGACGGUAGACCUGUUCACAACGACUUACGAUGGGGGGUAUACGUCAUCAUCGAGGCGCCGGGCGAAUAUCAGAAAGAUUGCUUCAAGCAAUACGGACUUGAAACAGACUCGACUGGGAAGUAUGCAGCACAAUACAAGCCCUUCCACCUCAUUGGACUAGAGCUCGGCGUCUCGAUAGCGAAUAUCAUGUGCCGUGGCGAACCGACAGGCCAAACGCGCACAUGGGCCGGCGACGUCGUAGCGACAGCGAAACGCGAUCUCAAAGCCGGCGAGAAGCUCGAUGGUGAAGGCGGCUUCAUGGUGUACGGCAAGCUCUUGCCCGCGGAGGCAUCUAUGAAGAUUGAGGGCCUGCCAAUCGGUCUCGCCCAUGGUCUUGUGCUGAAGGCAGACAAGAAGCAAGGGCAGGGCCUGAGCUGGAAGGAUGUCGAGUAUAGUGAAAAGAACCAGGCUGUCGCUGUGAGGAGGGAGAUGGAGGCGGCGUUCACGAAAGAGUUUGCUGCCAAGAAGGGUGUCAACGGUACUAAUGGCGUGCAUUGA